AUGGACGCGUUCGUCUCGCGGAAGCGAAGGCGGGUCGAAGAAGGACAGAAGCCUACCGUGGCGCCAGCUUUGGUACCACUCCCAAACAACACACCACAAGAGGAAGAGCCCACAGAUUUCAAGCUAGCUCUACUGGCGUCUCUGCAUCCGAGUCUGGACGAAACCACGCUGCUCGAAGCCCUUCUUGCUUCUGAGGGAUCGGUAGAGCAAGCUGCAAAAUGCCUGACGUCUCCGAGAAAACGACGUGCUCCCUCGACAAUUGGGUACCAGUCAUCGCUCAGUGUAUACCGAAUCGCACCUCAAGGCAGUGGGCCAGCAAGGAAAUCUCUAGUCCGGAAGGGUCAAACCCUAUACCUGUACAGCCCGCAGGACAUCGAGGCACAUACACCAUGCUCGAUCAUCCACAACUUUCUACCGCCACAGCAGGCAGAUGCCUUACUGCUACAACUCAUGGAGGAAGCGCCUACCUAUCAGAGCUUGGAGUUUAAGCUGUUCGACAAAGUUGUUUGGAGCCCACACACGUUUUGCUUUUACGUCAAUAGCUUGGUCGAGGCGGAAGAGCAGAAGACAGAGUACAUUUAUGAUGGACGUCAAGUUGAAGACGUCCGACAGAGUACGCCAGAGAUGCUCAAGGCAUGUCCGCAGGUUGAGGAUGCCGUGAACCGUGAGAUCCAACGACGGAUCCGUGACUUCUAUCCUGGCCGCAAGAAGCUCAAAUACCAGUCACCUCAACCUUGGAAGGCCAACACCGCCUUCGUGAACUGCUAUGACGGACCAAAAGAGAACGUGGGCUUCCAUGCUGACCAACUCACCUAUCUCGGUCCUCGAGCAGUAAUUGGUAGCCUGAGUCUUGGAGUAGCCCGCGAGUUCCGUGUACGCAGGAUCCUUGCUGAAGACGACACACACCGAAAAAUAGAUGGCUCGUUAGCCGACGCCCAAGGUCAGAUAUCGAUCCAUCUCCCGCACAACUCGCUGCUCGUCAUGCACGCCGAGAUGCAGGAAGAAUGGAAACACUCCAUCGCACCGGCGCAAGCCAUCGAUCCGCAUCCUUUGGCGAAGAACAAGCGGCUCAAUAUCACCUAUCGAUUCUACAAAGAUAGUCUCCACCCGAAGUCCACACCGAAAUGCAAUUGCGGCGUGCCGACAGUACUGAGGUAUGGUUGUGGGUUCUUUCAAUGGGCUGAGUUUGACGAGGAUGGCGAGCCACCAUGGGCUUCAAAGGUCACAGCAAAUAUCGAACAAAUAUCGAAAGAGCCGAGUCCUGCUGAGUCGCCAACUACUCAGCCGAACGACGAGACUUGA